AUGGAAGGGGAGCUUCUAGCGCUCACAUACGGCGCCGUAGUGGCCCGAGUACUCAAAGACUAUGAGCGUACAGACGAGGUCAAUGCCCAGUUGGACAAAAUGGGCUACAAUGUUGGAGUGCGCCUCAUUGAUGAUUUUCUGGCAAAGAAUCGACAUGGGAGAUGCAAGAAUAUGCAUGAAACAGCAGAAGCUAUUCAAUCCGCGUUCAAGCAGUAUAUAAAUGUUCAGCCUCAAGUUGGAAAAUGGAACGACGCGCAAAACUCAUUCAGCUUGACGCUGGACACAAACCCACUAACAAGCUUUGUCGAACUACCUGCCGAACUUGGCGGACUAUGCUACUGUCAAUUCAUCUGUGGAAUCCUCCGAGGAGCGCUCGAAAUGAUCCAGCUAGAAACGAAAGUUCAGAUUGUAGCGGACAAUCUGAAGGGAUCGUCUGUUACCGAAAUACGAGUUUCUUUCAUCAAAAAGCUCGUUGACGCCUUGCCAGUUGGGGAAGAUUGA